AUGCCAGACCCCCCACCAAGGGUGUCGUCGUUUUUUAUCGAGGAUUUGCUUCGUUCAGCUCAAAAGGGUGACACGAAAUUUCCUGUCCGAGAUGAGGAAAGUAACCGUAAAAAGGAUACGACGCACAACAGAACUGCGCACCGUCAUUUCCAAGUUCAGGGCCAACUGAGGUAUUUGGAACGAUGCUCCGCGGAGACGGUCUCUCUUGUGGAAUGGUGCGAGGCAUCCAUUGACAAAGCAUAUGGUCAAAGGGACCUAAAAAAUGUACCGAAUCCAAAAUCUACGGAACCAUAUGAUGUGCCCCAAAGUAGCGACCAGGAUUCCUCUGUCCUUACAGAUAAAGUCGUGGACGAAGAGGAGGCUGAGCUCAGAGAGAAGCAAAAUUCGGCCUACAAAAAGGACGAAGGCGACGAGAUGAAUUUCUGUUGUCUUGAGCGAUCCGAGAGUGACAAGUCGGAGAAAUCUGUGCGUAAAAAGAAAACUCGAACAGUCUUCAGUAGGAGUCAAGUCUUCCAGCUCGAAUCCACUUUUGAUUUUAAACGUUACCUGAGCAGUUCCGAGCGGGCGGGACUUGCAAAGGCCCUUCACCUCACGGAGACGCAAGUGAAGAUCUGGUUCCAGAACCGCAGAAACAAGUGGAAAAGACAAGUAGCAGCUGACAUGAAGCCUACCAGUCUGUCCUGUACGACCCAAAGAGUCCUGCGGGUUCCGAUAAUAUACAGUGAAAACGGGACACCACUGAACUUCGGCGCGUCACAGGUCCCUCCACCAAAUUUGGUUGGGUUUCCCAGCAGUAUGAAUUGUCCCCUCUCCUCACUCACGCCUCGUCUGUCUUUUCGAAGAUCACAAAUGUUGAGUAUUGUGUGA